GGAACAGAUUCGUAAGCAUUCCAUUUCAUUCAACCUCCACAGGAUCGUCAUUUAUACUAAAAACUAGCAAUGGCAACCACAACUGACAAUAGAACGCCAAAAAAAAUAAUAUUGGUGGUAACCAAUGUCGACCGGUACGAUGACCCAAAGCAUCCGACCGGACUCUGGAUUUCCGAAUUAACACAUGCAUACGAUGUGUUUGCUGCUGAAGGAUUUCAACAAACAAUAAUUAGUCCAAAAGGCGGAAAAUCGCCUCUUGAACCUAGGUCGUUAAAAUGGCCAGUUUAUGAUGCCUCAGCAAAAGCAUGGGUGAAUGAUAAAGAAAAGAUGGCUUUAUUAGAAUCAACACUAAAACCCGAAGAUGUUGAUCCGAAUGAAUAUGAUGCAAUCUACUUUACUGGCGGACAUGCUGUCAUGUGGGACUUCCCUCAAGACGAAGGAUUACAAAAGCUCACAAGAGAGAUUUACGAAAAAGGAAGGGUAAUUUCAUCAGUUUGUCAUGGAUAUGUCCGUUUAUUAAACGUUCAUUUAACCGAUGGAAAAUUAUUAGUAAAAAAUAAAAAAGUUACAGGAUAUUCUUGGAAUGAAGAUAUUCUUGCUGGCGUAUCAAAGCAAGUUCCAUAUAACUCUGAACAAAAGAUGAAAGAUCAAGGCGCAAAAUAUCAAAAAUCAUUAUUGCCUUUCGUUUUUACUGUUUAUGUUGAUGAUCGUCUUGUUACAGGGCAAAAAUCCUCAGUCUGCCAAAGAGACGGCCAAGAAAGUAGUUUCUUUAUUGCUAUAAGAUGUAAAAAAAGGUCGAAUUGCUAUUAAUUUCAUUUUUGAUAGACUGCC